UUUGCCUUUUUAUUUUUCUGCGUUUUGCCUUUUAGAUUGAAACGUGUCAGCCACAGUACAAAGAGAAAUAAAUACACUUGACCCAAAGAAAAUUUGGGUUCAUGAUUUUGAGACAAUGAUUUGCAAGGAACAAAUAGUUCAGGAUCAUUGGGUGGUCUUGAUGUCCGUAGAAGAAUCCCUAUAAAACUUAUCUCAAAACAGACCAACAAAGCGAAACCUGCACCUCGAACUGCAAGGAAUAUGACCAGGAUGCCUUCAAAGACUCAGGCUGGCGAUGAAGAAGAAUUUGAUUAUAACGAAGAGGAGAGAUACGAAUGCAAAGGAGGUGAAAUGUUCGGAAAUCAAAGGAGACUUCCCGGACCCAUUUUCUGGGACUAUAAGAUAAACUUGCUGGGGGAAAAGGAUGAUACCCCUGUCCAUUUCUGUGAUAAGUGUGGAUUGCCCAUCAAAAUGUAUGGACGCAUGAUCCCUUGCAAGCACGUUUUCUGCUAUGAUUGUGCUAUACUGCAUGAGAAAAAGGGAGACAAGAUGUGUCCAGGCUGCAACGAGCCGGUGCAGCGGAUCGAGCAGUGUGUGCGGGGCUCCCUCUUCAUGUGCAGCAUCGUGCAGGGCUGCAAGAGGACCUACCUGUCCCAGCGGGACCUGCAGGCCCACAUCAACCACCGGCACAUGCGGGCGGCGGGCACCCCGCACAUGGUCUACAGCCAGGCGCCGCCACCACCCCUCACCUCGGCCCCGCCGCCCAUCACGCCCCCGCCCGGACACAUCAUCGCCCAGAUGCCGCCCUACAUGAAUCACCCUCCGCCGGGGCCUCCCCCUCCGCAGCACGGAGGGCCCCCCGUGAACGUCAGCGCGCCCCCUCCGCACCACUACAACCCCAGCUCUCUGCCCCAGUUCAGCGAGGACCAAGGAACCCUGAGCCCCCCUUUCACGCAGCCGGGCGGGAUGAGCCCCGGCAUCUGGCCAGCUCCGAGGGGGCCGCCGCCGCCUCCGAGGAUGCAGGGGCCUCCGGCGCAGGCGCCGCUGCCGGGGCCGCACCACCCCGACCAGGCCAGGUACAGACCCUACUACCAGUGA